GUGGAAUGGAGGGUUUGUUGACAUGUGUCCUCUUUUUUUUGACUUUUUACAUUUUAGAUCAUUCUUCUUUUAGAUUAUUGUAAUUUGGUUCACUAUUUUCUAACUAUGCACUAUCUAAUCCUUCUCACACUAACCAUCAUCAUUUGAAAUUUGAUAAUCUAUUUUAUUGUUCAAAAAUUGCAAAAUGAAUAAAGAAAUAAGUAUACAAAUAUAAAUGUAUUUUAAAUAUUUAAUUUAUUCACAGCUAAAAAUUUUAUUAUUUUUUACUAUUUUUUGUUAUUCAUUUACAACUAUAUAUUUAUCUUAAUAUUAACCAAACUAAAGCAGAACACAUAAUCUAAACAUAAAACUUCCAUAAUCACAGAGAAAAAUGCUAAAAUAACACUAACUCAAUAAAGGUCCAGAGCUCAAAGGCGAUCAAGAACGAAAACUAACUUACCCCACUUUAUCAUAGAGUGUCUUGGCUAGAACAAUCAAAAGUCAGAAAAAUGUAGAAAGAUAAUCUUGAGAUAAUGCAAUCCCUCGAAUACAAAGGAGCGUGAUCAAUGACCAAUGCAAAGAACCAAAAAAGCGGGUUAGAGGAAGAAUAAUCCAUAGAAGGCCAAAAUCACCACGAAGCAGGAGAAGACAUACAUAACGAACGAUAAGCACAACCACCAGCUAAGAGGUAAGAAGCACCUCACAAACUAAACAAGCACAAACAAGACGCCUAUGCCGGUGAAGAACCACAAAGCUCUGGAUAGAAGGGACCAAAGCUCCAAGAGACUAAUACCACACAUUUAUACUAAGGGAAGCAAGGGAAGAAGAGAACAACCUGAGUGAGGGAGAACGGAAGCCAACCCCCGAGAAACCAGAGCCCAGACUUAAGACCAGAAACAAUCUUCCAAAUCUACAGAGCAUACUCGGAGGAGAACACUAUCCAAACCUGGAGUGGCAAACAUGGCGAAAGGGAGAGUCAUAGAAAUGCAAACAGCGAUGAAAGCUGCAACGAGAUGAGGGAACAUAGAUGGAAGGGUAGAUAAAACAAAAUCGGAGCCGUCCUCGAGCUAUAGAAGUCGGAUCACCAAAAACCAUAUCUUGAAAACUAAGACGAGAAGGGACUAUCGAUGGUAAGCCAACGACGAGGAAAACAACUUCAGAGACGACUAAACUCUGACUCAACCCAAGGAGACACAGUUCCUAACAUGAGCCGAGAUCUAAGGAAGAAGUGGAGAAAAAGGUGAGGAAGAACAAAAGCACAUAUGUGAGUCUUUUUCGGUGAUGGUGAGAAUCACAGCACACCGGAAAGGUAAACGAAAUGCAUAGAUGGUGACGGCUCAAUGUAAAAAUAUAGGAAGAGAGCACAACACAUCUUUAAAAAGUAAUGUUCAAAUAAUUGAAAAAACAAAUAUUAAUUUUUACCUUGAAACUAUUAGCCUUAGAAUCAACAAAUUCCUAAAUGUAAAAUUAUUGAAAUUCAAUAUGCAUUACAUCACAAACUCACUCCACCACUAAUAAGUACUACACAACAACACACUAUUAAAAAAUAAACACAUAAUAUGUUAGCAUAUCACCUAUUACUACAUAACAUAAUAAAAAUAUCAAUAAUGCUCUUAGCAAAUAAAGACGAUCACAUAAUUAGUUAACUAAAUCAUUCGAAAAAUAAUAAUUAACAACAAUAAAACAAUAUUACGCGCAUGCUCUAGUUCCAGUAUAAGGAAGUUUGUAUCCGUCUUUUCCUUUUUCUUUGCUUUUUUAUACUAGUUGUUAGGAAAAGAAUCGUAACGGUGGCAUAGUUUUCUGUGAGUAUCCGACGUUUUGAAUACCAUUUUUAAUGUUUUGGUUUUCUUUAAGUUUUGGGUUGAUCAAGUCAUGUCAGAUUAAUACUUCUCCGAACUCAAGAUGAGCCUUAUUCUUUUGUGGACUUUUAUUUUUUUGAUAAGCCUUAUCGGCUGAUCCGUCGGCCCCGGGAGAAACGCACUUAGUGAUACAAAGUGGACUAUCCCGAAAGCGUACCACAUUGCAUGAUCCGAGUUUAGAAUACUUUCCGCGUAAUGCCAGAGGGUGGACCAAUCAUCUGUUAUGACCCACCAUGUAAACCACUUGGGCCGAAACCCAAGCUCAGACUGGCCAAGUAGUGAUAAUUUAGUUAUCAGGGGAAUCGAACCCAUAACUGAUGUGGGUACACACCAAGCCCCAAGAGAUUGUCAGUAGGCUACCACUACUUUGUUGCGUUUUAUCGAACUUUUAGAUUAUUAGACCGGAUUUUAAGAUUGGGUUUGGAGUGGGGUAAACUCACCUUCAAUACAAUGUAGAUUUUUCUAAAAUCUAUAGGUUUUGUUUAGUAAAUCUCCACAUUUGGCAGAUUUUUGUUGUUGUAAGCAAUUGUUUUAUAAUAAAACAUUUUUAGUUGUACGUACUUUUGUAAAUUUGUGAAGCAAAUUAAUUAUUUUAAUGCAAACCUGAUUAUUCAAGCGUAAUAACAUAUAGCUUUGACAUUUAAUAUUCGGAAAGUACACUUUUUUUGUAGGACGUUCUUAAAUUUUUGGUUUGGUAACAAUUGUCUCUUUUUCUACAGAUAUUGACACUGAAGUUAGGUUUUCAGUAGAACUAAUGUUUAAAAGAGGAAAAUUUUGCAACAGGCUAGCCAAAUUAUAAUGUUGUUCUCUCCUAUAAAAACUCUAAUGAAUACACAACAAAAUAGCAAAUUAGCUUAUUCUGUGAAAAGAAAAGAAAAACAUUCAGACACACACUUAGUCAAAAAAACAAAAACAAAAAUAUACAGACACAUACAAACAAAAUCGUUAAAUCUAAGUUAGAAAAGAAAAUUAUUUGGACAGAAAAAAGGAAGAAUUUUAUAACCAAAUAAGAAUGAGAUUAAAAGGAGCCUUUGUCUUCACAUAUCAAAUACGCUCAUUCACUACACUUCAGUCUUGACUACUAUAAAUACCCUCCGACUCCUACUCCUCUUCUCCACCAAACAUCAUAUUCAUACCAAAAGGGAACACUAGCUAAGAAAAUAAUACUCACAUUCUAAUAAAUUUUUAUCUAUAAACCUUUAUACCAAUCCAAUCAUGCACUCAACGUUAAGCGAUGUGUUCAUAUCGCAUCCCAUUCAUAUCCCACUCUCAAACUUACCCGACUUCACAUCCCUCCGUCACCUCCCAGAUUCCUACACAUGGACCCCCAAAGACGAUCUCCUCUUCUCCGCAUCCUCUUCCGACGAAUCUCUACCCUUCAUCGACCUCUCCGAUCCCCACGUGGCCACUCGUGUUGGCCAUGCUUGUACCACGUGGGGGGCAUUCCAGAUCACAAACCACGGAGUGCCCUCACGGCUUCUCGACGACAUUGAGUUCCUCACUGGAAGCCUUUUCCGGCUUCCCGUCCACCGGAAGCUCAAGGCAGCUCGACGGGAGGAUGGCAUCUCCGGCUACGGGGUUGCUCGUAUUGCUUCUUUCUUCAACAAACAAAUGUGGUCCGAAGGUUUCACAGUUAUUGGUUCCCCACUUGAUGAUUUCCACAAACUCUGGCCCAAGCAGCACCUCAAAUACUGUAAAAUUAUUCAAGAGUAUGAAGAGCAUAUGCAAAAGUUGGCAGCCAAGCUGAUGUGGCUGGCAUUAGGCUCACUUGGAGUUGAGGAAAAAGACAUUGAAUGGGCCGGUCCCAUUUCAGACUUUCAAGGAGCACAAGCAGCUAUCCAACUAAACCACUAUCCAAUAUGUCCAGAACCGGACCGAGCAAUGGGUCUCGCAGCACAUACCGACUCAACUCUCAUGACCAUACUGUACCAGAACAACACCGCCGGUCUCCAGGUUUUCAGGGAUGACGUGGGCUGGAUCACCGUGCCACCUGUCCCUGGCUCACUAGUGGUCAACCUCGGUGACUUACUCCACAUUUUGACCAACGGAAUAUUCCCGAGCGUGCUUCACCGAGCUAGGGUUAACCACCUCCGAUCUCGCUUCUCCAUGGCUUACUUGUGGGGUCCACCUUCUGAUCUGAUGAUCUCUCCGCUUCCCAAACUCGUUGAUCCUCUCCAUUCUCCUCUUUACCCAUCUCUUACUUGGAAGCAGUACCUUGCAACCAAAGCUACUCAUUUUAAUCAGUCUCUUUCCUUUAUUAGAAACUAUCUGUCUUCAGACCAAACCUCUUGAUGUUUACAUUUGUACUUUCAUUAUUGUACAGUUUUUAUCUGAGUAAUAUGAGUAAUAGUUAAUACUUUAUUUUAA